CUAGGAAACCUGUGGUUGUACAAUGUUUUUGAAGAGGAAUUUGGCAGCUUAAGUAAUUCUAGUCAAGGCACCUUUAGUAAACUCAGUCAAGAAGUUGUUUCAAAUUUAUCUGAAACUGUUGUCUCACUGGCUUCAUUCAAUGGAGAUCGGAUUCAUGCUGUCUGCACAGGCAUAGUUGUCAAAAACGAGGGAUGUGGUACAAGUGUCCUAACUUCAGCAACUCUGGUUAGAUCUCUGGAUAUUGAUAAUGGGUGCAAGAUUUUUCCAGGCUUGAUGAUUGAAGUGAGCCUUCCAAAUAACCGAAGUGCCGAUGGGUGGUUGGUGCACUGUGACUUAAAUUACAAUGUUGCUGUUGUCAACAUCAGUCAUUACCCUGGUUUUCGAGCUGCACAUUUUGCUCACCUCAUACAUUUUGGGUGUAAGGUAGUAGCUUUAGGGCGUUGCUUCAAGACAGGCAAAUUGAAGGCCUUGUAUGGGACAGUGAAUGAUGAGCCCAGUGGAGAUUUACGCAAACACCUUAUGAUCUCCACGUGUAAACUCACUAUGACAAUGGCUGGAGGGCCCCUUGUUGAUUUGGAUGGCAGCUUUGUUGGCAUGAACUUUUAUUCUAAGAAGAUGAUGACUCCAUUCCUACCAGUGGACACAAUUUAUAAGUGCUUGGUCCAUGCUGGGAUACUCUGUGCUGAAAUCAAGCAUGGAGGUGAUAGCACAAUUGAAAGAAGCCCAUGUGAGAUACAGGAAUUUCUUAUGCCCAAUGUAGAAGGUAGCUCAACUGGGGAGAGGGACAAGAAUCAGGAGCUUUCCAUAUCCUCUACAAGUUAUUCAGAAGAUUCUGAAGAAGAGGAACUCUGGCCCUUGCUUUAUCCUAAUCCAUUACCAGUUGAUGAUUUCACGGAGCUUGUGAGAAAUGAUCUAAAGUCCCGUAAUUAUCCUAUGCCAAUUAGGCUUGAGGGGGGUAUGCGCUUGAUUAAUACUUUUGAAGAGGAAUUUGUUGAAGAUACAUGGAGCAAACUCAGUAAGAAGGUUGCUUCAGGUAUAUCCCGAAGUGUUGUCUCACUUGCUUCAUUCAAAGGAGAAGAAAGGUUUUUUGCUUGCACUGGUAUAUUUAUAGGCUUCAAUGAAUCCACCUCAAGGGUUUUGACUUCAGCAAGUUUGGUUAGAACUUCUGCUGAUGAAUACAAGAUUGCUGAUAACUUGAAGAUUAAAGUGUACCUUCCAAAUAAGCAAGUUGCUGAAGGGACAUUGCAACAUUACAAUUUGAGUUAUAAUAUUGCUGUGGUCAGUGUCAUGGGUUUCCGCUGUCUUCGAACCGCAGAAUUCAACAAUAGGCAAAUUGAACCCCAUAUGGAGGUAGUAGCUGUAGGACGUAUCUUUGAAUCAGGCAAAUUAAUGGCCACAAGUGGGAAAGUGGCUGACAAAGAAGGCAAUCUCGACUGCAAAGAGCUUAUGAUCUCCACUUGUAAAGUCACAAAGGCUGGUAUUGGAGGCCCCCUGAUUGAUUUUGAUGGGAAUUUCAUUGGCAUGAACUUCCAUGGUAAGGAAGAAACACAUUAUCUACCAAGGUCUAUUGUUCUGGAAAGGUUGAGGCUUUUUGAAAGGUAUGCCUAUACACAUCUUUUUUUUAAUAGUCAGCAAGUGCUAUUUGUUAGCCCAAAGAUCUCUUUCCAUUAACCACAGGGACAAUAG